UUAUCUCGCGGCCCCUCCAGCGCCGGAGCAGCGCGCAGGUGACAGUGGCGAGGUGGGCGCCAGCAGGGGCCAGCAGCAGCAGCGCCGGGCUGCGCUCGCCCGCGCACGGUGCACGCAGUCCCGGAAGAGGCGCCGCCUGCAGCAGCCCCCGGCCCGGCGGAUCUGCCCCCGCCCAAGAGAGGCCAGCAUGGCACGUGGCGAGCGCCACCCUGGCAGUGCCCGCUAGAGCUGGAGCCUGGAGUUCGCCCGUGGGCAGCGGCGUGGGACCCGGCUCUCCCCAGGACAAGGGCUGGUGCAUCAGCCAUGGUGGGGACUGAGCCUCUGGACGGGCAGAGCAGGAGAACCGCGCAGCAGCGAGGGCCGGGAAGGGUGCGAUAAGGGGGAGUCUCCCCGCCCUGCCGGGCCCCCGAAAUACGAGCGAGCAAGACUUUUUGGAAAGUUGCCACCGAGGAUGGUGGGCAACCUCCUCCCCGAAGGGCAGGCUCCUGCCAGGAGCCCAGGGAGCGCUCUGGGGGCGCUGGUAACGGAGGAUCUUUGCCUGGACAGCUCUGAAAACUCCCCCCGGGGGUGCUAAGGCAGUUAGCUGUAGGCCAGCCCGGCUGGCAGGGCUUCGGGACAGCGCCGCGGGGCUUUCCGGCACCGGAUCCUAGCGGAGUGCUCGCACCGGAGUUACCACUCCGGUUUCACUAACUCCGGCUUCGCAGCGGCUGGCGUCCCUGGUUGCCUUCUUGACCCACAUUCCUAUUGCCUGGGCGCUGGAGGCCCUGAGGAGCACCGAGGGGGAGAGAGUGGCGAGAGAAUGAAGAAGCCAACCGCGCAGGAGAAGCAUGAGGUGGCAGCAGUUUGAAGGGCUCCGGCUGAUGGUCCCAUGGGCAUCGGCCCUGAGUCUGUGCUGCUGGGGGUUGGUAGCGGCCACCGCUGCCAGCCCGGUGCCUGACCAGCAUGCCGCCUCCUCCUCCCCCGGCCAGGCGCCGCUGGACUGGCUGCUCACCGACCGGGGACCAUUUCGCCGAGCUCAGGAAUACACUGACUUCGCCGAGCGCUACGGGCAGGGUUUCACCACCAGGUACAGGAUCUACAGAGAGUUUGCCCGCUGGAAGGUGAAUAACUUGGCCUUGGAAAGGAAAGAUUUCUUCAGCUUGCCGCUGCCCUUGGCCCCCGAAUUCAUCCGGAAUAUCCGCCUCCUGGGACGAAGGCCCAGCCUGCAACAGAUUACGGAAAACCUGAUUAAAAAAUACGGGACGCACUUCCUGCUCUCCGCCACUCUGGGAGGAGAGGAGUCCCUGACCAUUUUCGUGGACAAGCGCAAGCUGAGCCAGAAGGCAGAAGCGGUCGGGACGGGAGGGGGCGGGAACAGCUCCACCAUCUCCCUGGAGACCCUGCACCAGCUGGCCGCCUCGUACUUCAUUGACCGGGAAAGCACGCUGCGCAGGCUCCACCACAUCCAGAUAGCCACAGCCGCCAUCAAGGUAACUGAAACCCGGACGGGCCCUCUUGGCUGCAGUAACUACGAUAACUUGGAUUCAGUCAGCUCGGUUCUCGUCCAGAGCCCUGAGAACAAAGUACAGCUGCUAGGGCUGCAGGUGCUGCUGCCCAACUACCUGCGGGAAAGCUUUGUGGCGGCCGCGCUCAGCUACAUCACCUGCAGUUCGGAGGGAGAGCUCAUCUGCCGGAAGAAUGACUGCUGGUGCCAAUGCGGGCCUGGCUUCCCGGAUUGCAACUGCCCUGAAGCCGACAUCCAGGCAAUGGAAGACAGUCUGCUGCAGAUCCAGGAUGCCUGGGAUAAUCACAAUAGACAGUUUGAGGAGUCAGAGGAGCUCCAGUCCCUGGUGAAGAGACUCCCGGAGGAUCGCUUCGUGAACAUGACAACAGUCUCCCAGUACUGGGCAAUGGACCUCGACAUGCAGCAUCGCUACCAGCAGCUGAGCACCAGCCUGAAGCUGCUGCUCAAGAAAACCCGUCGAAUCAUCCAGCGUCUCUUCAACCUCUGCAAACGCUGCCACAGGCAGCCUCGCUUCAGACUGCCAAAGGAGAGAUCUUUACCUUACUGGUGGAACCGCAUUCAAUCCUUCCUGUACUGCAGUGAGACCACCCCGCCGGGGACUUUCCUGGAAGACAGCCACAGCUGCACCUGCCCCUCCGACCAAGUCUCCUGCCAGGGGUCCAUACCAUGUGCCUUGGGCGAGGGGCCAGCUUGCGCUGCCUGCGCCGAGGAGAACAGCACCCGCUGUGGGACCUGCAACCCAGGCUACAUGCUCAGCCAGGGCUUGUGCCGUCCGGAGGUGGCAGAGUCCCUGGAGCACUAUCUGGGCCUGGAGAUGGAUCUGCAGGACUUGGAGCUCAAGUACCUCCUCCAGAAACGGGACAGCCGCAUCGAGGUGCACUCCAUCUUCAUUAGCAACGACAUGCGGCUAGGGAGCUGGUUCGAUCCCUCCUGGAGGAAACGCAUGCUGCUGACCCUCAAGAGCAACAAGUACAAGCCAGGGCUGGUCCACAUCAUGAUGGCCCUCUCCCUCCAGAUAUGCCUCACCAAGAACAGCACCCUGGAGCCAGUCAUGGCUGUCUACGUCAACCCGUUCGGGGGCAGCCACUCAGAGAGCUGGUUCAUGCCUGUGAAGGAGGGGGGCUUCCCGGACUGGGAAAGGACUAACGUGGAUGCCUCGGCCCAGUGCCAAAAUUGGACGCUCACCUUAGGAAACAAGUGGAAGACCUUCUUUGAGACGGUCCACGUGUACCUGAGGAGCCGGAUCAAGUCUCUGGAUGACAGCUCCAAUGAGACUAUCUAUUAUGAGCCUCUAGAGAUGGUGGAUCCAUCUAAGAACUUGGGCUACAUGAAAAUCAAUAGCUUGCAAGUCUUUGGCUUCAGCAUGCCGUUUGACCCGGAUGCCAUCCGGGACCUGAUCCUUCAGCUAGAUUACCCAUACACCCAGGGCUCCCAAGACUCGGCCCUGUUACAGCUCAUAGAGAUCAGGGAUCGGGUGAACCGGCUUUCACCGCCCGGCAAAACCCGGCUCGACCUUUUCUCUUGCUUGCUCCGGCACCGACUCAAGCUGGCCAACAACGAAGUGGGAAGGAUCCAAUCCUCCAUGCAGGCCUUCAGUGCUAAAAUGCCAAGCCCCAUGGAGUAUGAGACUGGCAAAUUGUGUAGCUAGCCUUGGGGCACCUGGAAUCUCUGAGGAGGGGCCAAAGAAAAGGGAGGGGGAUAGAGAACCAAGACUUCUGAAGGCCUUACCUUAGUGCCAACCACGUGCUUCCUCGGGACACCACGUGACCAGCCACAGGGAUGGCAGCGUGUGAAGGAUGCAAGGAGAUGCCCAGGCCAUGGCAAGAGACUGCAGGGCAGCAGAUACAAAAUGGUUAGAAAGGGGAGCCAGGCCUAAGGAGAUAGGGUGCUUACCUUGUAAUGGCUUGUACUUCUCCCCCUUCCAAGUCACAAAUGACAAUUGUGACCAGGCAGGAAAAUCAACAGGUUAUUUCACCUGGGAACAGGCCCAUGUGGGGGAGACAGCUGGUGGGAGGUGUCUGCCCUAGGGAGGAGACAUCUGGUAGUACCUCUGCCUGUGAGCCGAGCCAGUGCUCCACACAGAGCUGGGAGGUGAAGGGAUGGGCGGCAAGACCUCAGACACCCAGCAGGCCAGAACUGCUCAGAGCGCUUCACUCCCACCCACCCUGUGGGAAGAGGCCGGCUGCGGCCUUCCUCAGCGCAGGCACUUUUGUAUUCUUUUUAACAGACGUUUCUACCCACAUCCCGGCUUUUCCAUUCUCCGUGUCACUUUCUAAGUCGUCGUAUUCCCUGCCUCUUCCUCCCGCCCCGCCUGCUUUCUGGCGCCAUUCCCUUGAUGGCGGGGGAAGAAGCUGGCCGAUUCCAGCUGGGGGGUCUGUGGGACAGGCAGCCCUGCCUGAGCUCCCUUAUUCCCACAUGGAAGGGGGAGCACUCUGCCCUCCUUCUGCAGCACGGCACCAUCAGUGUACCUCGGUACAUUGAGCCAAGAUGUUCCAUUGUCGACAUGAGCAGCGACUGGGCACCCGGACAGACACACCCAUCGUUACAGUCAGAGGUGGAGCUCUGUGGGUAGCUUCUCCUUUCAGGUUUUUAUUUAAUCAAUUGUUGGGUGUUUUUUUUUUUAAAACGUAUUUAUUUGGGGGGGAGGGGGGAAGAGGAUUCAAUUCCUGUCGAUUUCUCCAGCCGAGUUUCACCUUAGUCAAAUGUAUCUGGUUUAAUAUAUUUUUUAAAAGAUUGCCUUUUGAGCAAAACAAAACGAAGUUGAAAACAACGCGGUCUCGGGCUCUGUCUUUUUGGCUGGAGACACUCUCUGGGUGUGUGUGAAGAGGUGCUCGGUGUAAACGCGGACAGAUACCUAGGAGCAACUGUCAGUAGAUGGGGUGCAGAGGUGGAGACAUCAACGGCCAGGUGCACGUGUGAUUACGUGUGGUGUUAAAUAGGUAUUGAUGGUUCUGAGAUGGCAGGUGUGGCUGUGAAAUCAGAGGGGGUUGGGUUGAAGGUGGGGGGGUGUAAAGAGAUCUGUCCAUGUCCAUCCAUACACAUGUAGCAGAAGUUCCCAAGCUAUUUUUGGCACGGUUGCCAUGGCUCCUUUUCUGUUUUUUCCUCCUCGCUUCGUUUUGCCUUUUGUUUGAAGUCUAUUUAUAACCCUUGUACCUCUGCUCCUAGCCACACAGUUCAGGAACCCCCACUGAUUUGAGCAUUGAUGCUGGUUUCUCAUUGUUAAAGGAAGCCCCUGUCCUCAUGUGCGGUCCCCUGGCUGGUGGCUGCAGCCAAUAGAACUUGUAGCAAGAUGCUGUGGCCUAAUCCUCAGCGUUGGCCAACCUUUGCCGUCCCCUGAAUCUGGGGGCAGCCAGAGCCUAGUUGAGUCCUGGGCGCAAUUGAGAAUGGCCUUCGGGCUGAGGUAAGCAUAAGGGAUGCUGCCGUAUGUGGGGAACACCUGGAGCACACUAUGUUUUCCCCCACGCUGAGGGCUGCGGGAAGGUUGGGUACAGUCAGUUAUGGCAGCUGCACACCACCUGUGGGAUUUCCCCAGAUGGGCUGUCUGAUGCCGCACGGGGGCCCCUUUGCAUCACUGGAGAGGGGCUAGAGCUCUGGAGCAGGGCUUACAAUGUGUGUCCCUGCAAUGUCAGGUCAGGAGUUCUUUAAAUGCUUUGUAAACCCCAUGGAGUCACUGUGGAGAUUUACAGGGAGCCAACAGGGUAAGGUGGGGCGGUUUAAAGGCAGGGGGAGGGGGCUGGUGAAUAGAGACAGCAGCGAGGGAGAGCUGGAGCUAGUUAGCUGGCACCUGCAGGCAGCACAGUCUGGGGGAAAUCUGUACAUGGAGAAUUACAGAAAGGUGAGAAAAGCCAGGCCCACCUUCUCCAUAUCCCCUUCUACAGAGCAGCAACCCAGCCACAGGUAACACUCUGAGGCCUUCGGCUCACAUAUGAGCAACGUGGAUCCAAUUCACCACCUCCCCAGCCUGCUCAAAUCCAGAUGAGGGGAACCUGAGCCCUGUGCUACUGAAAUGUAAUCCGAAGAGGACACACCUGUAUUUCCCUGCUGCUGGCAUGCCAGCCUUUCACAGCAGGCCAUAAAGUCACUGCACAGCUUUCUCUGUGGAUACUGGAAACAGAACAGGGCCUUACAUCUAUUAAAAAUCCCUGAGUGAGGCAGAGAAUUACACACAACCUUUGAGGAGGCAUGGACCUCAAGCAUACCCCCUUGUGGCUGAGUAUGGCCCUGCAGGCCUUCUGCCUCUUGCAAGAAUUACUCCCAGACCAGAAUUCUUAGAUUAAGAUCCUACUGGGGGGGCAGGAGGGCUUUAGACUCUCAAACUCCACCCUGGUUCUAGAAGCCUGGGUGCUAAUCCAAGCAGGCAUCUGCUCCUUUUACUUCAGGAGUCCCGCAGCCUCCCCCAGGCAAUAAUUCUAGCAAGCUUACCCUCCUGGUUUUCAAGAGUCCCUCUUCCUGGUUCCUGUAUAUGCUGGGACUACCUGCCCCUCAGAUCCUUAUUUCUGAGAGUACAGUCCUUCAACUGAGCUCUGGUAGCCUUUUAUCUGUCCAGGUGCUUGUUAGUUCGCUGCCAACCAGCCACCUAAGCAGUUAACUAAUUACAAUGGGGCCAAAAUGGACUCAUUCCCCCAUUAGAAGCCCAUCAUGGAUAGACUGGGUCCUGAUUCCAUGUAAAGCCCCUGCCACUCCCUUUAACAGCUGCUGAAAGGUCCAGAUAUGUCCCAGGUACCUGCCCUCCUGCUAAAUAUUCCAGGUUCUCCCUGUUAGCACACACCUGCUGCAGUAUAUGUUGCAGGCACACCCUGGGGGAACUCACUGACCAUGCUGCUGAGCACUCCAGCAAUGCUUUGGCAGUAUGCACUUCCUGAGUCUUCUAAGUACUUCCCAGGAGAACUCACCUGCCCUGCAAUUAAACACAGCACUCGGUCCAAAUGGCACUUGCUUGGUAGGCCUGGGGAAAACAUUGUUUCUUUGUGGCUGAGCAUUCCUGGUGCAGCCUGAUGGAACACACCUGCUCUGUGUUCCAGGUACAACCCAGCAGCAUACAGCCUGCUGGGUACUGAAUGUGCCUGUUACAGCCUGGUUGAAUGCACCUGCCAUGCUGCUGCAUGUGCCAGUCAGCCCCGCUCCGUAACACACCUGCCUGGCUGCUGCAGGGGCUAGACAGACCCUGGUGUAACCCACCUGCCAUGUGGUCCAGGCACAUUCCGGUUGGACACACCAUAAUUCAGCCUACUAUUCUGUCAUGGAGGCCACAGAUUCCAGGAUUUUAAGAGAUGGCUGCGAGCGCUUCAGCCCCAGCCAUGCUUGGACUUCGGCUUCAGCCCCGUGUGGCAGGGCUCGGGCUUCAGCCCGACUUUAAUAGGCAAUUUAAAAGCUUCUGUACUGAUGUAGUGAAAACUGCAUUACUGCAUGUACACUUCCGCAAUUUAUUUUCCACGCCCUGUCCGUGGCUUUUAAUAGAAAUCCCCGUGCCAAAAUUGUAGCCUUAACCAUAAUGCUCCCACCAUCAGUCCAGUCCAUGAGACGUUAUUGGCUCAUGGGUGGCGAAGCAGAGCGGGGCCAAAGGGAUGGGUCAUGUCUGUCUUACUGUAGUGGGGCAGUUGCCACACACCAGGAGAAGGAAGGGUUAAAGCAGGCCAGAGGGAGCCUGCAUGGAACCCUCCAGUUAGAGGAGGGCUCACUAAGCGAGCCAAUCAGGAGAUGGCUUGUUGCAGUGGCCAAGCAGGGCCAGCGGGGGCCAUAUAUAAAGGGCUGCUCAACAGAGCAGAGGGCAGUCUCUCCCUGGCCUGCUAAGGAGAAGGACUGGCUGCCUAGGAGCAGCAUGGCUAGAGCAGUGUUGGGCAGGGGAGCAGAGCAGAAGAAGCUUCUGGCUGACCGCUGCCAGGUAGUUCCUGGAGGAAGGGCAGUUAAGGUGCUAGGGUGGCCCCCACUUGCCCUGGAAGAAGUGGCUAAGACAGAUUGCAGUUUGCCCCUGGAGUAAGGGACUAGAUUAGUGGCUGCAGCAGGCCACAGAAGUGAGUGGCUGGACUUUAGACUGCUGGUUCCCCCAAAACGGGGGGAGACUGCAGAGCGGGGGCUGUGCCCAGAAGAGGAUGCCAUGGUCCGGGGAGCGACGUGGGUCCCAGAGAGGUGGAGACAGCAAAGCGGGUGUAAUGGCGAGUGAGACACCACCAGAGGGAGGUGCCCUGUGGAAGGACUUGAGCUAAUUCCAGAAAGGCCAGCAGGAGGUGCCACGGUGAUGAGUCUCACCCCCGCUACACUGACCAUACAGCUGUCAAAGCUCCAUAGAUACUUUCUCAUUGCCACCUAGAAUGUAAUCGCCCAUCCAGCCGGACACGGGGAUGCCUGACCCACGUUUACUGAGUGAAGCCUCAGCAUAACUCACUAACUAACCAAACCUCCUGGCAGCCGCCACCCAGAGUGUUUCUAAAGCAGGUGUACAGCUACAUGGCUCUGUGACUGGCUGACUGGCAUGAGAAGCUCUGUUCUCCACCAAUAAGAAUGCAUCCCUUCAAUUAACGGCUCACUGAGCAAGUGUCACCCUGCUGCAGCCAUCAAGCCAGCUGAUUAAAUCUACAUCAGUCAUUUGGAAGCACUGACAGGCCCUGGCCUCAAGGAUUGCCAGGGCUCUGACUGCAUACUGUAUUUCCCAGACAAUAGUACGCCUCCUUCAUUGUCACCUACAGAGCGAAAUGGCCACCUUUUCAUUUUGAGUUUCUCGCCUCGAAAUGUGUUCUAUGUGCUGCCCCUCCAGUCUGUUUGUGGUGACCCAGCCACACCUCCUUCAUUCCUUUUUCUUCCCCUGCUUGGGUGGGGGGUGGGGGUUUGCAGAAACACCGCUGUUGAGGUUGCAUUGAGUUUUUCGGGUCACUCCUCUUUCAGCUGCCAAGGGGAGAGGCAAGGCCAGAAUAUAGCAGUUCCCCUUUACACUCGCUUUGCUUGUGUGCUCACAAGCCUGUAGCUGUGCAGAAUAAAUGGCUGCUAAGUGCCUACACCCUGUGGCAGCCCGGGAUUUAAUUUGCAGUUAAGGACAGAAAAGUCAUUAUGUAAAAUGACCCGUUCUUAUUCCGCAUACUCCCCUGUGCGGCUGUAAGCCCUAACUACAUACUUAGGGCCAGCUUCUCCGAUGGCUUCAAUCAGCAUAGCUCCAUUAAUGUCACUGGUGCUAUGUUCAUUUACCCCAGCUAGCUAGCACUUUUAUCACCAGAGUAUCUAAGUGCCUCACAAUCUUUUUGGCUGUAUUUACAAUACCAGCGGUGGCUCUAGCCAUUGUUAUCACUGUUCAUAUUACAAUCGUGUCUAGACCCCCCAUUUGAGAUCAGGGGUUCCCUUUGCCAGGCGGGGCACUACGUCCAUUAAGAGCUAGGCCUCGCCUGCUCACACUCCUUAGUUGAGGCAACCAAAGGUAGUGCUGUCAUCCCCAUUAUACAGAUGGUGAAUUGAGGCACAGAGAGAUUAAAUAACUUGCCAAAGGUAACCCAGAAACUCUGUGACAGAGCUGGAGAUCAAACCCAGGUCUCCUGACUUCCAAUUCAGUCCAGAAAGUGCUGAGUACCACUCUCUGAAAAUCAGCAUCCCUGUCUCAUGUUGGGCGCAUGAAAUCACAAGUCACUUUCAAAAUCUUGGCCUUAAUUCUCCACUUCUAUUAAUGUGGGCACCGUUUCACUACUACUCCGUGCAGUUUAUACUUCAGCUGCAGUGUGUUGUCUAAGCAUGGUGCCCUGAAUGCUUUUCCUAUAAAUGAUUCUUAUGGGGUCUGGUUUUGGGGCAUAGAACAGGUCACAGUACUGCAAGAUGACACCCAUGUGAAUCUAUGGUGGAAAUAAAAAUGGUAUGCUCUUAUAUUGUAUUAUCAGUGAAACAGUGUGUGACCAUGUAAUUAAAUAGCACAUCAUACAGUGCAUGCACAAAGAAGCAGAAUUAGGGUUGGACAUACCAGCCUAGAGCCUCAAAGAUAUUUAGGCUCCUAAUGGCCAUUGAUUUCAAAUUCCUCAAUAGCUUUGAGGUGCUGGGCCACUAUUCUAACUGUGCAGUUUCCUGAAUUUUAAGUGAUUAGCUGGGCAUCUUUCCUGCUCUUUGGCAUGGAAGUUCCUAGGUGUUUUGUUUUUUUUUGUUUUUUUUAAUAAUUUAAAAAAACAUCCCCAGGAGUGGCAAAAUCCCCAGGAGUGGCAAUCUACAGAGCUCUGAAGGGCAGCUGGCUU